UCACAUACCAGUCAGGUGUAUAGUGUUCAACUAAUUGCUCUGAUGCAGUUUCAAACGGCGGGUCUGGCUCUGUGUUGCUCCCAUGCCUUGGUUGACAGUUUGCCAUCCCAAAAGUCGAGGCGGUACAGGACAAGCAUCCAGGCCUGUAGAUGGAUGGAGGAGGUGAUGGAGGACGAGGAGGGAGAACCAGCUGAGAGGAGGCAAACACGGCAGAGUUUGUUGUCCACCUCUCGGUCACUCCAUUACUCCAGAAGUUCCAACCAAUCACCUGUUGGACAUCAGCCACAGCAAACAUCUCGGUUCCAGACUCUGAGGAUACUGAGACAAGGCUGGUCUAGUUUUGCUCCAGCAGGUGUAGUGUGGUCAGUCUGCCAGGUGGAGGCGACGCUGCACCCUUCUCUGUUACUGGUGGCUGUGCUCUGGAGGCUCCUGUUGGUGUGUUUGCUGUGGAUGGUUCUGGGAGGUUGUGUCCAUGCCCUGAAGUGCUGCCUGCGGGCAGGACAGGACCGGGAGGAGCUUCCACUGAGCAUGCAGCAGGAGGUUGUUACUGAAAACAAUAAUUACCACUAUUUAAGGAUGUCCCAGUCGAGGAGCCUGGACCCCCACGUUCCUCUGGCCCUUGCCCUGGUUGACAGCCUGCUGUUGUGUGUGCUCCAAGAGCCCCUGUCAGACCCCAGUGUGCUCCACAUACAGGCUCUCCUCUCCAGACUGGAGUCGGUGUGUCACACACUUGAAACGGCUGAUGUUGGGUCAGAGGUGACGCUGGAGGAUGUGGGCGGAGACUCUUUACUGAUAGACAAAGUGAAGCUCAUCCACACAUACCUGCAGCAGAGGUCGAGCUCACUGUGUCGACUCGUACAGGUGCAGGGGGAGUUUGAAGUCAGUGUGAAGGACGUGCUGCUAGGCCUAGAACGCCUCUGGGCUCAGCUGGAGGACCUCCACACUGGGGUCACACUCACUAAAGAGGGGAACCGAGGCCACGGAGACCUGGCCUCUGCCCAGACAGACGCAGAGACUUUGUUUGCAGUCUUGAGUGACUACAGGAACAGACUUCAGUGCUGCCAGGCUCACCUGAAGCACGGGACACAAUUACUGCAGGAGUUAACAUGGCGUCAUACGCAAACAAGCAACAGUGUGAGCAGCAGCAGUGAGUCAGUCUGGCCAGAGCUGUUGCUUCAGUCCAACUUUGAGCAGUUCGACAAGGUGCAGGAGAGUUUCAUCACCCUGGAACAACAGACCUCUACGUUCCAGGCUCACCUGGAGGGACUUGGAAAGGGCAAUCAGGAGGGACCCGCGGGGCCUCUCGAUCACGGCGACAGGGCCAAUUCACGCUCAGCUUCUCCACAGAUCUCCAAAGGUCUCCAGAGUGUAAGCGCAACUCACGAGCAGCACCGUAACUCGACCUCCGCAUCCACAUCUGUCUCCUCAAUGGAAAUGGACACAGACACAGAAACAGACAGUGCGCUCACACUGUGUGAGAGGUCGGCUCUGCAUUUCACCUCCACUAUCGGACGCCUGCGCAAAUCUGGAAGGAGGAAGUGAACUUUAUCGGACUAUACUUGGUAUAUGCCCCAGAAAGUUUGUAAGAAAGGUUUUAAUUAACAAUGGAGAUCAUUUGCUGGUUGCCUUGAAACAUUUGUUUUAUUUAUUUGCUUUAUCUUUUUUAUUUUUAAAAACAGUGAUGGAGCAGGAGCAGCUUUAUUUCUUUUCACUGAAUAUUUUAAACACAAGGGGGCACACCUUUACCAGUUAUGACAAACAUAAACUUUCAUCUCACACCACCUAUUCAACAUACUUUAUCAUGGUAUCAAACCCUUCAUAUACCAUAAUAGCAUUUCUAAUCUCUGUCUGCAAUAAGGGACCAUUGCCCAGACCUUUUCCUUUCAAUCAUUUGAGGAAAUUGUUGGACAGGCCUCUCAACCAUAUGGUCCAUAAAUGUGUUUCUCCAAGAUCGGAACAGCCAGCCACAACUUGUGUCUGAAGACGUGUUGAACGACAUUCAGGCAUGUUUCAUUUGCUUAUUAAUUGCAUCAUCCAAUUGAUUUUCGUUAUGGAACCAUUCUUUUAACCAAUGUUGUGAAAGUGAAAACAUUUUUUUAUGUUUAUCUAUACAUUUAAGAAGCAUGUUCUUCUAAUGUGCAGGGGGAAUAGGUGUCAGGUUAAGAAAUCCCAGACCUUUUACUAUUCCGGGACAAUUUGUUUUGUUCUAUCUCAAGUGGCCGUGAUGACUUGAGCUUUUCAAAGCAGGGAUAUUAUUGGGCAGAAGGGGGAGAGGAAGGUAGAAGGGGGCAGUGGAGGUCAAUGCCAGAAGCGUUUCUGUUAUUACUAAAAACUGAGCAGCCCUUUGGAUCUUUUUGAAAGACAUGAAUGUCUUUGAUCCAAAUUCAAUUACCCUGCAGCUCCGACACUGAUGGCAUAGAAGUCGACAAAGUUUUCUUAACCAGAUCCUGACUUUUCUGGCCGUACCGAACAGAGUUUCGGAUGGAAAAUCAAUGAAUUUAUUGCUGCCGUUAUGUGCUAAUUAUAGCGUGCAUGCCAUGGACGUCAUUUGACCAUGAACUUGCUCACCAUCUGCCUGAUCCGGCAUCUGUCCGAUUCCCUCACACUGCGGCAGUGAUUGGAAGAGGUGUGGCCGACCACUGGGGAAUCUGGGAUGAAAGGAAUGCAAGCAUAACGCUGCAGGGUCCGAGCUGUCACAACACCAAAGACAUAAACACACCAUGUCUGGACAGAUAGAGGGACGUAAACACUGUAGGAGGAAAGAUGAUAUGUGUUUGGUAACGCACAGUUAGGGACAAGCGCUUUUAAUGAAAAAAAGCUAUGUUAUGGCAUGUCACAUGAAUAUGUAACAUUUUCCACAAAUCAGUUAUGAAUACACAGAACAUAAUAGUGUUGGAGGCCCGCCUAGAAUAACAAUGACCACAUUUGCUUUGAGGUCCAAUAGUCAAAAGACAACAACAUAACUUUUUUAAUUGGUUUAUUAAGUGCUUUGAUAAAUGACUAGAAGGAUUAGGAGUUAAUUCUAUUAAAUGUCAAUGAAAUACAGUGCCUCAUCCCGGCCCUGUCCAGAUGAACUCGUGCUUCACAUUGCAGGCAUGUGAUGUCAUGACCAGCAGAGGGACAGCGUCUGGGUGAGCAGGGCGCCCACCAGUGAUCUGCUAGCUGAGAAUGUAAGAGUACGCUAAUGAAAUUACCGCACGCUUUGUUUAGUUACACUAAAAAGUUGAUGACUAGCUUCCUCGUGGGCCACUCUAGUCCUGGAGGAGAGGACAUUUCAAAGCUAGCUCAAGUGUGUGUUGUUUCAGAAAAUAUGGUUCAUGGCAGAGGUCAAUCCCUUGCCUUAUCCUGACAAUUACUCAAGAUCGUGUUUCACUGGUGUACACAUAGCACACAUUUGUGCUGAUCCCUCCUCUGAUGGCCCUGCAAGACACAUACAGUAGUGUGGACGGCUGCUAUCUGAUACAAACAAACUCUUGGAACGUGUCACAAGACCUGAGAGCGCAGUUAAAUAAUCCACUUUAAAUGCCAGUUAAGGAUUAUGCACAUUGUAAAUGCACUAAAUUGUAUUCAACAAAUUGUUGAGUACGAAGUUAGUACGCGGACAAAUAAGUAUCAAACAGAGGAAACAUAUACAGAGGCACCAAAUAAAGGCAAUGAAGCAGGCUGUAUCAAUGAUAAAGUGUGUGUGUGUGUGUGUGUGUGUGUGUGUGUGCGCGCGUGCACGUGUGUGUGUGUGUGGGGGGGGGGAUUUCCCACAUCACACAACAUAUCACACCGCCGUUAGAGGGAAAGCAGCUGACUUAAAAUUGUCAAAAUCACAUUUAGUAAAACAAGAGAAAACAACUUAUAAAGUGAUGAAAUAAUAUUGUUUUUCAUCCUCU